AUCGGUUUUAAUCACUGUUGCGUCGAAGUUCAACAAUAAUGAAGCUCCUAAUAGUCUUGGCUUGUCUGUUGGCUGCGGCUUUCGCCACUCCUCUGGCGGUCCGUAAGGACAACCCAGACGAAAGGUACUUCGACAUCAAAGGCCCCACGCGCCCCAUGACCAAGAACGGCCUCAUCGAUGAAAGCUACCGCUGGCCCAACGGCCGCGUGCCUUUCGUAAUCGCCGCUUCCGUCUCCGCUGCCCAAGAAGUUGCCAUCCGCAAGGCCAUGAGCGACUACAAUACUCUCACCAACGGCUGCAUUCAGUUCGUAGACAGGAACGGAGAGGCCGAUUAUGUCCGCAUCGUCUAUCAGGAAGAGGGCUGCUGGAGCUACGUCGGUCGCUUGGGAGGAAUGCAAGAAAUCAACUACCCAACCUGGUGCACUGACUCCUAUGGUUCUACCAUGCACGAAAUGCUCCACACUCUUGGCUUCUACCACGAACAGUCCGCCUCGAACAGAGACGACUACGUUACCAUCCAAUGGGACAACAUUCAGGCUGGAGCUGAGCACAACUUCGACAAGUACCCAGACACGGUGAUCACAGAUUUUGGUUACGGCUACGACUAUGAGAGCGUCAUGCACUACAGCCAAUUCGCUUUCUCAUCCAAUGGACUUAGGACCAUCAUCACCACGGAUCCCGCCUACCAGAGCGUGAUUGGUCAGCGCGAUGGUCUCAGUACGAUCGAUCUUAACAAGUUGAAGGCUAUGUACAACUGCUAGAGUCAUGCACCUACUACUGCCUAGUCAAGUUAUGCUAACAUUAUUGCAAUCGUGGACAAAACUAAUACUCAAUCCUCACAAAAAAUCCCAUACAUUCAUAAAUCUCGAAUUAUCAUGAUUCUAAAUUUGUCACAGUUAUUGUGAAGAAAUUGUUCUGCCGAUAUCAACCCAACAUAAUUCGAUAAUAACUGAUUACGAGUGCAAAUAAAGUCUCAAUGAUU